AUGCAACAUAAUGGGGAUCCCAUAACACUUUAUCAGCAGGUCUUAGCAUCUUGCACUGGGGCUUUGGUUACGGCCGUACUUAUGACGCCUUUUGAUGUGGUAAAGACGAGAUUGCAAGCCCAGCAGUCAGCAGGCGGCGGCCGACUUAUACCCGAACGCUGCUCUUAUAUAUUUUGUAAUGGAUUACUCGAGCCGUUGAGUCAUCCCUGCCACCAUUCUUCUGUUAAAUUUACAGGAACUUUUGAUGCUUUUUAUAAGAUUUCAUCAACCGAAGGUGUAUAUUCUUUAUGGAGAGGCCUCCCACCGACAUUAUUAAUGGCUAUCCCUGCGACAGUAGUUUAUUUUUCUUUAUACGAUGUUCUGAAAGAUACUUAUUCAAGCAAAUUGGGUGCCGUUAACGGUGCGUUUCUGGCUGGUGUACUGGCGCGUGUUGGAGCUUCUUCUUUGAUUUCUCCUUUGGAAAUGAUAAGAACCAAAGCGCAGUCAAUGCACGAAUUUAAGCCUCCAAUUUAUAAAUCUCUUGCAAAGCAAAUAAGUUUAAUGGUAAAGGAACAGGGAUUACUUUCUUUAUACAAAGGAUUGGGUCCGACUCUCUUGCGAGACGUUCCCUUUUCAGCUAUUUAUUGGGCUUGUUAUGAAAAAAUAAUGAACACUUUUUUUACAAUGAAGCAGAAAUUUAUUUCUUCCUUUUUUGCGGGCGCUGUUAGUGGUGCUAUUGCUGCCACGCUAACUUUGCCAUUCGACGUUGUAAAAACUUAUAAACAAAUUGAUUGGACCCAUGGUUCGAAACCUCAACCAAUGAGACGGCUGCUAAAAGAAAUUGCGUUACGGGAAGGCUUCAGUGGUUUGUUCGUUGGCAUCGUGCCUCGCCUUGCUAAAGUUGCGCCUGCUUGUGCUAUAAUGAUUUCAAGUUAUGAAACAGGGAAAUUGUAUUUCCGGAGAAAUAAUCAAAUUUAG